AUCAACAUGUUUAAAACAGUGUUAUUAUUUACUCUAUGUUUUAGUUUCUCGCUUGCCAAACAUGAACAUUACGAUGGCUACGUCGUGUAUAAAAUCACAGUAUCCGAUAAACAACAAGCGGAACGAGUUUAUGCAUUAGAGAAUGAGCUGCUUUUCGACGUAUGGUCGUAUGCCGCUCCAUCCAUUCCAGGAUUGGUCCUCGUUCCUGGACCGAUGCGAGAACGCUUCCAGACUGAAGUUGGUAAUAUCGGAGCGCAGUACGAACUUCAAGUUGAUAAUGUUAAAGAGGUAGUGGAAUUGGAAGAAAAACUAUUAACCACCGCUGCUUCCCGUAGUAAGAAAAGACCCGGACGACUUUCAUUUGACAAGAUUCAUCGCUAUGCAGAGGUAAAUUCUUUCCUCGACGACCUUGCUGAGAAAUACGACACUGUGACGGUUGUGUCCGCUGGAAAGAGUUUUGAAGGUCGUGAUAUUAGAUACUUAAAGAUAUCUACCACCAACUUCCAGGAUACCAACAAGCCUGUUAUUAUGUUACAAUCCUUACUCCACGCAAGAGAAUGGGUAACCUUACCAGUGACUCUGUACGCUAUCGAGAAACUAGUUAUUGACAUUACCGACAGGGAUCUUGUUGACAACAUCGACUGGAUCAUCUUGCCCAUCGCCAACCCUGAUGGUUAUGAAUUCAGCCAUGAACAUAUUCGUUUCUGGAGGAAGACUCGUUCCACCGGCCAUACCAUUACCAACUUAUGUGUCGGAGUCGAUCUUAAUCGGAAUUUCGAUUACAAUUUCGGCAGAUGGUCUAGUGAUAUUGCUUGUUCCGAAGCAUACCACGGUAAAGGUCCCUUCUCUGAACCCGAAAGUCAGGCUGUCCGCAACAUUGUCUUAGAACACUUGAACCGCAUGGAGUUGUACUUCGAUGUUCACAGCUACGGUAGCAUAAUUCUUUACGGCUUUGGUGAUGGCAUUCUUCCACCGAAUGGUCUAACACUCAAUUUAGUUGGUGUAAAAAUGGCUCAAGCUAUAGAUGCGGUCAAAUGGCCUUCAAAACCGAAUUACCUCGUUGGUAACCUAGGUUUAACAUUUUCGAAUGUAUCAGGAACGGCGAUGGAUUAUGUUCAAGGGAUUGGUGUACCGCUUUCUUAUAUACAUGAAAUGCCUGCACAUAAUAAUGAAAACAACAGCCUUACUGGUACUUUGGUAGAUCCGAAUUACAUCGAACAAGCGGGAUAUGAAACAUGGGAAGGUAUCAAUGUUGGUGCUAGAUGGGUGCUACAAAAUGCCAGAAGGAAUAAGCAUUAACGACAUGUGUUGUCCGAAAUUUAGCGGCUUUCUUGUAUUGGUAUUUGAAUAAAUAUU